GGUGUGGAAGUUCCUUUCACGUUGUAUCCGAAAACAUGGCCGCGCUCUUGAGAUCAGCCCGGUUACUCAAGUUUUCGCCCUCAGCUUUGCUCCAGAUCCCCGGGAGCAGAAGAAGCGGGGCGCCGCUCGGCCGGUUGUACAGCGGAGCCGUCGGCGGGAGAAGGACCGGCGUCUGCUGCAGACAGGUCGGCCCUGUUUGUGACAGCGUGAGCAGGUGCGUGUGGCCCUACGCCGCCGGCUGUGUGCGUAACUAUGCUGUGGCCACCGAGCAGAGGGACGAGACCAGCGUGGCGGUGCGGUCCAAGCAGGCGCAGCAGUUCGACUGGGCCCUCACCAAACUGGACAGCUCAGUGAGGAGGACGGGACGCAUCACCAAGACCUUGUUUCUGCGCAUCUUCCACGAUAUCUGCAGGGCAGGUUACCCCAGUGGGAACCAGGCCUUGCUGCUGCUGCGUAGCUGUGGCUCCUUGCUGCCGGAGGUGCCAGUAGAGGAGCGAAACGAGCUGGCGCACAGAGUGUGGGAUAAGCUGCAGGAGCUGGGUGCACAAUAUGACGUUAGUCACUACAACGCCAUGCUGAAGGUUUACCUGCAGAAUGAAUACAAGUUCUCCCCCACUGACUUCCUGGCUAAAAUGGAAGCGGCCAACGUCCAGCCCAACAGAGUCACCUACCAGAGACUGAUAGCAGCUUACUGCCAAAAUGGAGACAUCGAGGGAGCCAGCACCAUCUUGGGUUUCAUGAAGAGCAAAGAUUUGCCCAUCACAGAAGCUGUUUUCAGCUCUCUGGUGACGGGACAUGCACGCGCAGGUGAUAUUGAGAGUGCCGUGAACAUCUUGUCUGUGAUGCGGGGAGCAGGAGUUGAACCAAGCCCUGACACUUAUGUGACGCUGCUGAACGCGUAUGCUGAGAAGGGAGAUCUGGAGAGUAUGAAGAAGACUCUGGAGGAGGCAGAGAGUGCAGACUGCAGCCUGAUGGACAGAGACAUCAUGCAGGUCAUCUUCACUCUGGCCAAAGCCGGACAACAACAACACAUACCAGAAAUGAUCGAACGCCUGAGGCUUGAGAGGGGCUACAUACCAGAUGCCAUGAACUUGUGUCUGAGCCUCGUCACCCAUGGACAAGAAGACGUAGCUUUUAACCUCCUGAAGACGUUCCCUACUUCACAGUCAGAUAACGGUGACCUGUCUAACCUUGGCAACUUCUUCCUCAGACACUGCGUGAACAUUGGCACGUCCCUGGAGAAGAUUCUCCGCUUCUGCAAAGAGCUUCAGGAGUUGAACCUUCACACUGCACCACUAACCUUCACUCUCUCCUGUGCCCUGGAGGCCAAAAAACUCGAAACAUCUUUGGAGCUUAUGAAGUUACUGAAGGAGCAGAACUUACCUGUUAGACCACAUUACUUCUGGCCUCUUCUUACUCAGCCUGUGAAGGAGAACAACGUAGCCGGCGUGGUGGAGGUGAUGCGAGGCAUGGAGCAGCUCGGGGUCUCCCCCGACCUUGAGACGUUAUCCACCUAUAUCCUCCCCGUGUUCCCCAGCGUAGAGGCCGCACGCCAAGCCCUCCAGGAUUCAGGCCUCUCUGUGGACUCCGAGGCCUUUAUGUGCACAGAAGUUCGCUUGUUGGCUGCCACAGACCUGGCCAAAGUCUACGCUCUACUGUCGGAUCCCUCUUUCCCACCACUGGACCUCAGCUUUUUCCGCAGCAGCCUCAUCCAAGGCUUCAAAACGUCCUCUGAGGUGGAGCUCAUGGGGAAGAUUACCGAGCUGCUGUACAAAGAUGAGCGCUUCUCCACGGGAAACUCUAACCCUACUGAGGCCACGGCCUACUUCCUCUACAACCUGUUCGACAGCAUGUCGGCGGCGCAGGUCCAGGCGCAGGAAGGCAAGCUGAGGAGUUUCAUCAAUCAGCUGCAGACCCGGAACAUUACAGUUUCUGUAAACAUCUAUCGAGGAAUCAGAAAUCUUCUGGAGUCCUACCACUGCCCCGAUCUCACUACGGAUGUGAUCACUUUGGUUGAUCCUAAGGACAGAGACCUGGUGGGUUCUGCUCUUCGGGCCUCUGGAGGUGAGAACAGAGUUCUGGCUCUCGAGAAUAAAUUGGCCGAGCUGAAGGCGGAGAACAAACCACUGGGCUCCAUCCUUAAACAGGCCAUCCAGGCUCUGAGUGCCGAAGAGAACCUGCAGCGCGCCCUUGAGCUGAAGCAGCAGCACGAACGGGACAUGACAGCCGGCGCUUACGCCACUCUCAUCCACCUGUGCUGCCGCCACAACAACGUGGAGGAGGCGCUCAACCUGAAGAGGGAGAUGAGUCGUAAGGACUCUUCGGUUGCAUUGGAUGCCAACAAAUACAUCGUGCUGAUCAAGGCGCUCUCUGUGAAUGACAAAGUUGAAGAGGCAGUGGACAUCCUGAAGGAGAUGAAGGAGAAGAACGUGGUGCUGAACGACAACCACCUCACCUCCCUCUUCCACAUGCUCAGCGCCGUCGUGGCCACGGGCGGCGUCGCCACUGUCCGCCGGCUGCAGGACACCAUCUUUUCCCUUGGGUUGGCCAAGCCCACCGCCAAUCUCUGCUCGCCUGUGGUCUCCGCUUACUUGGACAGCAAAGACGUGUCUGGAGCUCUGGAUGCGGCGCUGGAGUUUCAGAAACUCUACAACCACCUGCCGCGCAUCCAUGACAUCAUUGUUGCUCUGGUGGAGAAAGGAGACGCCGAGUUGCUGCAAAAAGCCAUGGACUUUUUCAGCCAGGGAAGAGGAGAGAUGAUGAUGCUUUAUGAUCUGUUCUUCGCGUUCCUGCAGACGGGCCGCUACCGGGAAGCUCGUAAGAUAAUAGAGACCCCUGGGCUGAGGGCGAAACCUGGACGCCUGCAGUGGUUUGGAGAGAAAUGCAUUCUCUCUAACCAGAUGGAGGCCUUGGAGCAGAUGGUGGAAAUCACAGCCAAGCUGUUUGAGUGCGACAGAGAUGAGAUGUACAGCUACCUCCUGAGGCUCUGCAAGGAAACCAAUGACUGGAAGAAGGCAGAAGCCGUAUGGACGAAGAUGCAGGAAGAGAACGUGAUUCCCAGGGAGAGGACCCUGCGUUUGCUGGCAGACAUCCUGAAGAGUAACGGCCAGAAGGUGCCCUUUGAGGUGCCUGAGACGUGGUACGAACAACCCAGCCGCCCUACACAGCAGGUCAAGUCACCGCCGGCCCCCCCGUCAGCUGAAAGUGGUGCUGAUUACCAGGGCCGUCUGCUGGCCCUCUGUAAGAAGGCUAAAGCCAAAGAAGCGCUGGAGAUGCUGAAGUAUCUGGAUAAAAAGGGCGUGGCCAUCGGCCCUCUUCCCUACGACCACGUGAUCCGGGCUCUGUUGGCGCAGGGACUCUUUGAGGACGCUAUGGGGGUCAAGAAAAUGGCAGAGUCUCGUUUGCCGAGCUUCAAGUUGAGUGACAUCGCCAGCAGUCUGCUCAUCAUCACACACAGCAAAAGAGGCCAGCCUAAAGAGGCUCUGGAGAGCCUGAAGGCUAUGCUUCAGCUGGAUCACGUGCCCUCCACUCUGGCCAUCACCAAGCUGGUCCAGGCCUUCGGUAACCAUGGCGACGUGGCAGGGAUCCAGGAAGUGGAGUCGGUGGUGAAGAGCCUCGGCACAAACCUGAACCUGUCCAGCAUGGUGUUCGUCAACAACACAGCGAUAGCUCACAUCAAUAACGGCGACGUGGAGUCGGCGGUGGAGUUGUACGAUGAAAUCUACACGGGUCCAAACGGCUCCAACCUCAGCAUGUCCUUCGUCUUCAGAAAGGUCCUGGAGGCUGGAAACGACAAAGCUCUGGACAAACUGAGUGCGAUGGCAGAGCGGGUAGCCAACCACUUUGCCUGCUACAGACCCGCCUUAGAUCUCUUCCUGCAGCUGCUGGAUAUGGACAAAGUGGAUGAUGCCAAAUUCAUGCUGGCUCGCUGCAACGCUCUGGCUGAACAGAAGGAGGCGCUGCUGUCCUUCGUGUCCCAGAAGGCUCAGCGUCCUGGACAGAUUGGGAAGAUCAACAACCUGCUGAGCCUGGUGCCAGACUUCACUGAGAAGGAGUUCCUCUACACGUACCUGAUGAAGUGUCACGUUUUGGAUAAGGACCUGCCGUCGGCCAAGGCUCUGUACGAACAGAUGACGAAAGAGGGGAUUGUUGUCGACGAGCUGUCUCUCAAACGGCUGGCUGGGCUUUACCGCAGUCAUGGAGAGACCGCGCCCUUCACUGAGCCCCCGGAGUCCUUUAGGUUUUACGCAGAGAAGUUGAAAGAGAAAGCCUCCAAGUUACAGGCACCAGCUGAGGAAUAAAAGCCGUCGCCGUCUCCUCAUAUCUUCAAGCAAAUCCCACCGUUUAGUUGUCUUCUUUUCUUGUUUUUUUAUAAGUUGUUGAAGCAAAAAUGUGAAAUAUUGUGUUGUAACAUUCUGUUUUAGCCUCUGUCCACUGUAAUGGCGAUAAUGUACAGAAGUAUUUAUGCAAAUAAAUGAUUGGGGUUGAACGGAG